AUGACCAACGACUCCUCCAACACUGGUGCCGCCUCCAACGGCGAGGCCAAGUCCUCCUUCACCGUCAAGGCCGGUCUCGCCCAGAUGCUCAAGGGCGGCGUCAUCAUGGACGUCACAAACGCUGAGCAGGCCCGCAUCGCCGAAGAAGCCGGCGCCUGCGCCGUCAUGGCCCUCGAGCGAGUCCCCGCUGACAUUCGCAAAGACGGCGGCGUAGCUCGCAUGUCAGACCCCGCCAUGAUCAAGCAGAUCCAAGAAGCCGUCACCAUCCCCGUCAUGGCAAAGGCCCGCAUCGGCCACUUCGUUGAGUGCCAGAUCCUCGAGGCUCUUGGUGUUGACUACAUCGACGAGUCUGAGGUUCUCACCCCCGCUGAUGACGAGAGCCACGUUGAGAAGAGCACUUUCGGUGUUCCUUUUGUCUGUGGGUGCAGAAACCUCGGUGAGGCGCUGCGAAGAAUCGCAGAGGGCGCUGCUAUGAUCCGAACAAAGGGCGAGGCUGGCACGGGCGAUGUCGUCGAGGCCGUGCGACACAUGAAGACAGUCAACAAGCAAAUCGCGCAGGCCAAGGCCGCGCUCGCCGAGGGCGGCAUCAUCCGCAUCCGCGAACUCGCCCGCGAGCUCGAAGUCGACGCCGAUCUCCUCCGCCAGACCGCAGAGCUAGGCCGUCUGCCCGUCGUCAACUUCGCCGCCGGCGGAGUCGCCACGCCCGCUGACGCCGCGCUCAUGAUGCAGCUCGGCUGCGACGGUGUGUUUGUCGGCAGCGGUAUUUUCAAGUCGGGCGACCCUGCGAAGCGGGCCAAGGCCAUCGUGCGUGCGACUACACACUAUAAGGAUGCCAAGGUGCUGGCUGAAACUAGCACGGGGCUUGGCGAGGCUAUGGUGGGAAUUAACUGCGAUAGCAUGAAGCCUGAGGAGAAGCUUGCCGGUCGAGGAUGGUAA